ACUGCCCUUUUGAAACGCGCGCGAAGCCAAUUAAUUUUUUUCCUCUAUUAUAGUUAACAUACCUAGGUUCCUGCCUGAAGAUAUUGUUGUUCCACUGCUACUAUACACGGAAGCCCGUUAAGUGGAAGAUUUCAGGUACUAAUGUUGCCAAAUUCGAAUUUGGCGUUGCUCAGUAACUUCCGGAAAUAGCUAAGUAUGGAUUUCUUCAAACGUUCCAAGUUUGACAAGCUGAUUGAGAAGGCGACCAGUGAAAUGCUGAUUGAAUCAGACAUUGAAAGUACCAUUGCAGUUUGCGAUAACGUGCGUAGUCAAGAGAUUUCGCCUAAAUAUGCGGUUCAGUGUUUAAAGAAACGUCUUCAGUGUGACAACCCAAACGUCGUUCUGCACUCAUUCGAUGUGCUGGAGUCAUUAAUGAAGAACUGUGGUACACCUGUUCAUGAAGAAGUUUGUAGCACUGACUUUAUGCAGCAGCUUGUUGGGAUGGUUGAUACAUCCCCAGACGUUCGUGCAAAGCUUCUAGAGUGUCUUCAAAAUUGGGCGUAUGUUUUUCGUGAUAAGCCUGGCUACGUUGCUGUGAUAGAUGCUUAUGAAAACCUUAAAAACGCUGGCUACAUUUUUCCGGAGUUCUCAGAGAGUGCUGCUAUGUUCAGUGUAGUUUGUGCUCCAAGUUGGAAGGAAGGAAAUGCAUGCCAUCGAUGCAAGUCCGCAUUUACUACGUUCAGGCGUAAACAUCACUGUCGUAAGUGUGGUCAAGUGUUUUGUGGUGAGUGUACCUCAUCGCGCGCCAUUCUGCCUGAAUUCGGCAUUGAGAAGGAAGUGCGUGUUUGUGAUUUGUGCUUUGAAUCAGUUAACAGAGGAUUGUCUUCUGCUUCAAAUAACUCUGAAGAUAAAAGGUCUGUGGAGAGGGAGAAUCAGCUUCGACGUGAGAAAGAGCGACAACUGGAACAGCAAGAAAACGAGGAUCUCGAAUUGGCUUUAGCCUUAAGUGCUAGCGAAGCAGAGUCGAAUCAGAGGAAUAAUCAAAUAAAGUCUACUAUCAAUGACAAUAAACCUUCACCAUCAUCAGCAUCGCCAACAGUCGCUCACCUUCUCCCAGUUCUCGAUACAAGUGAAAUGGAUCCUGAGUUAGCGCAAUAUUUAUCUAAACAUUAUCAGAGAGCUAAUCCAUCAUCUACUCAGGAUGGCAUAUAUCAAGAAAAUUCUCAAGAACAUCUCAUGCUUCAACAGUCUACCACUCAACCUAGCGCACCUAUAUAUGCUUCCAGUACACCAUCAGAUAAUGGUACGAUUUCUAUUAACACUCUCAAGUCCGGAGUGAAUAGUGAUUUUAAUGUACCAGGGAAAAGUCGAUCCAGUGAGAUAAAUCCAGCUAAUCCUAACGGUAAGACAGACCUCAACUCAUCAGAAAUCCCAGAUCUAACUAAUCCAAAACAAGAAGAGUUCCUUGAUGCUCUACGUGGUAGUAUCGAAUUUUUCGUAAAUCGUUUGCAGAGUAAUAGUCAAAGAGGACGUAAUAUUUCAAGUGACACAACAGUCCAAACAUUAUUUUUGACACUAAAUAAAAUGCAUCCACAAUUAAUGGACUACAAACACUACAUGGAGGAACGCCGAGCCUAUUUUGAGAAGAUGCAAGACAAACUUAACCAGAUUCGUGAAGCUCGUGAGGCUUUGGAUGCAUUAAGACAUGAUCACGCUGUUCGCAAACAAAUAGAAGAGCAAGAAGCUGCUCGUAUGCGUCAGUUACAGAUAAUGCAGAAAUUGGAAGCUAUGCGACAACAGAAAAGAGACACUUUGGAGUACAAAUUACGUAUGACACUAAAACAAAAUAUGCAGUACCAACAAGAAUACGGAAUACCACAACAACCCUUACCGUACGGCGUCGAUUCAUUUUCUAGUGUACAAACUGUUGCACCUGGAGAAGGUUACCCAACCAAUUAUACUUUGCCUUAUAUAUCUGGAAUUAAUUACGCAUCAUUUCCACCUGUUCCGAACGGUUACCUACCAAGAGACAAUAGGGUUUAUGCCACACAAUUUCCAGAUCCGAAUUCACUUGUCCCCACUCAAAGUGGUGCUAGUAGACCUAGUUAUAACAUGUCAUACACACCACAAUUUCAUUCAUAUGUUCCCGAUCCAGUUGGCCAUAAUAUCCAAACACAUCCUUCGUUUUCUCAAGGAAACCAAAAUCCAGUUCCACCUGGCUCAUUUUCGAUGCAAAGUAUACAGACAUCUUUGCCGACUUAUACAGGACAGGAUGAUUCAAAAGGUUACCCUGGGAAUCAAACUUAUCCAUCUAGCCAACUUGUCAUGGACGAAAACAAUGUACCCAGGUACACACAGGAUGUGACCCAUCCAAGUGAUGCACCUAACAAUUAUACUGAGUCGGGUGCUGCAGAGGCACAGUUGAUAUCUUUCGAUUAAACGAAUUUGACUUUUUUUAUUUAUUUUUUGAAGCGAAUCAUUCAUGAUAUUUUCCCUGUAAUUAAAUAUUGUUGAUGUCAGCUAGUCAUUAUUAGUUUGGUCAUUUUCGUUUUUUUCCAUUUCCGACGCUUAUGUUGCAAGCAAAAAAUUCCUGGUUUAUUUUUGACUGAUAACAUUUUUAAUAGCUUGAUUGAAUAUGCUCCGUUAACUCACUAUUAUGUUAAUAUCUUAAUAUAUGUCAGCCGGGAGUGAAUGGUGUGGCCCUAAUAAGCAAAAAAAAAACGAUUGUACCUAAAAUAUUCAUGUUUCGAAUGGUUUCAUUUCUACAAAAAAUUGGAAUAACAUAAGAUGUUAUUGAUAACAGUGAGGUUGAUUACUCUAUCAUAUUCAAUUCGCUUUUCUUUUUAACUGAAUAAAUCCCAUCCAAAAGCUAGUCGUUUUAAAUGAUCUGGUAAUAAACUGUCAAUAAAAUCUUGU